AUGGAUCUCUCCUCCCUAGCGAGACCGCAAUCGCUCCGCGGCGUCUCGCCGGGCCCUCUCGGCGCCCACGCCGCGCGCCGCCGCUCCGUCCAGCUCCAGCUCCUCCGCCCGCGCAGGCCCGCCGUGCGGUGCUCCGUCGACACUGCCAAGCAGCAGGCGCAGGGGGUACCCUCUGCGGUCGCGGCGGCGGCGGAGGCGGAGGCCGCGCGCAAGGAGUGCUUCGGGGUCUUCUGCACCACCUACGAUCUCCAGGCGGAUGAAAAGACCAAGUCCUGGAAGAAGCUAGUGAACGUUGCUGUGUCGGGGGCCGCCGGGAUGAUAUCAAAUCAUCUGCUUUUCAAACUUGCCUCUGGUGAGGUUUUUGGACAGGACCAACCAAUAGCACUCAAGUUACUGGGCUCAGAAAGAUCAUUACAAGCACUAGAAGGAGUAGCUAUGGAACUGGAGGAUUCACUCUAUCCAUUGUUAAGGGAGGUCAGCAUUGGAAUAGAUCCUUAUGUGAUCUUCGAAGAUGCAGAUUGGGCCCUUCUAAUUGGCGCGAAACCCAGAGGACCUGGAGUAGAGAGAGCUGCCUUACUUGAUAUCAAUGGUCAAAUCUUUGCCGAACAGGGGAAAGCACUAAACGCUGUGGCAUCUCGGAAUGUGAAAGUCAUAGUUGUUGGAAACCCCUGUAACACUAAUGCUUUGAUUUGCUUGAAAAAUGCUCCCAACCUAUCAGCAAAGAACUUUCAUGCAUUGACAAGGUUGGAUGAAAACAGAGCCAAGUGUCAGCUAGCGUUAAAAGCCGGCGUGUUUUAUGACAAAGUAUCAAAUAUGACUAUCUGGGGGAACCAUUCAACAACUCAGGUUCCUGAUUUCUUGAAUGCCAAAAUUGAUGGGAGGCCCGUGAAAGAAGUCAUCGAUGAUACAAAGUGGCUAGAAGAAGAUUUCACUAUAACUGUUCAAAAGCGUGGAGGCGUGCUCAUCCAAAAAUGGGGCAGAUCUUCAGCUGCAUCAACCGCUGUUUCUAUCGUCGACGCAAUGAGGUCUCUUGUGACUCCUACCCCGGAAGGAGAUUGGUUCUCUACAGGGGUUUAUACGACCGGAAAUCCUUAUGGCAUAGCAGAGGACAUUGUAUUCAGCAUGCCAUGCAGAUCAAAGGGUGAUGGCGACUAUGAGCUAGUUAAAGAUGUGAUAAUGGACGAUUUUCUCUGGGGCCGAAUCAAAAAGAGUGAAGAUGAACUGAUCGCUGAGAAAAGAUGUGUUGCCCAUCUUACAGGGGAGGGCAAUGCAUUUUGUGAUCUUCCUGGGGAUACAAUGCUUCCUGGAGAGAUGUAGUGCUACCCAGCCUAGCGUUCUGCCAAUCUCUACAUCGUCUAUGUUAUCAGUAGAGGGGUCACAAAUUCACAAUGUUUCCAACGGGGACAAUUGAUUGUUGAGAAAAACGACUGCUUGCAAGCAGUCCGCAGCAGCAAUUUAUCUUCUGUAUACCGAAUAAGGACACAGACUUUGUUCUACAUUAUUCAUUAUUCAUAGUAUAUAAAACAAAAUGUAAUGCUAAAAAUACUUCUCAAGCUUUAUGCAUUAAGCACUGUCAAUUUGCAAAA